AUGCGGGCCACCGCUCUCGCUCUUCUGGUCAUUUUGUGUGGCAUCUACUGCCAGGCCAUUCCUCUUCAGGUCUACAACGCCGAAGAUGCUCCGGUAAGCAUCAGAAUGAGAACCAUUAUGAAGUACGCAUUCAGGCGGCCGGUGUGGUGCUUCUGGAGGAGCCCUCGUCCCAGGAAGUCUUUGACUCCUCCGAUGGAGAUGAGGACGACGACUGGAAACAGGAACAAGAGUACACGGAGGGAGCCAUGGGAAAGCGUAGCAUCGCUCUUGGACGUAGCGGAUUCCGUCCCGGAAAACGCAGUAUGGACAACUUCCAUACUCUGGACGUCAGGUAAUAAUACUUAAAAAGUUGCGUUCCAAUCUAACUGUUGUUUUUUAGCGAUCUCAUCAUGAAGCGUUCGAUGGCGAUCGGAAGACUCGGACUACGCCCAGGAAAGCGUUCGAUGGCGUACGGCAGACAAGGAUUUCGCCCGGGAAAGCGUUCAAUGGCCUACGGUCGCCAGGGAUUCCGACCAGGAAAGCGCUCGAUGGCCUACGGUCGUCAGGGAUUCCGUCCGGGAAAGAGAAGCGUCGAAGUCGUGGAGGCCUUUCCGCCAAAUGCUCCGGAGAUCUAUAUCAUCUAG